AUGGGAGGUAACAAUUCCAGGUUGAUUAAUCCAAAUGGAGGAGAUGCAUUGCCUGCAAAGAUUCGUCCUCUUCUCGGACAAAGAUUCGAAGAGUUUAGAAAACGUAGGAGUAAUGUGCAAGGAGAAGACGCUGAACUUUCGAAGAAACAACUUUUGAAGGACAAUGAUGGAAGCUCGGAAGGAAAGUGUUCCGAUCAAAAUGAAGUUUCAGAAGAAACUCAACUGCAAAAAGAACAGCCAGCAAUAAUAAGUGCAGUGGCGGUUGAAAAAGUCUCUCAAGUUGUUCCGUUGCAAGUUUCUGAAUGCGGAAACGAGGAGAAGGAGAAAGAGGAGGAGAAAGGACAUAAAGAUCACGAUCGAAUAAUAGAUAAAGAUGUUGAAAAGAAAAGAGACGAGGUAUCUAUACAAGAAAAUUUAUAUGAAAAAGUUAAAACAAAACAUGAGGAGAAGGAAGAAGAAAGCGAUGAGGAAGAAGAAGACGAGGAUGAUAUUGGAAGACGUAUAGGCCCAGGAUCACCGAGUUUUAAAAUAUAUUGCACUGAAAGCGAUGAGAAAAAAGAACAAGAAUUACCCGACACGCGUGCUGGUGGUGAGAAAGUACUAGUGAAAGAGGAUCAAAACAUUGCCGUGCACAACAAGUCACACAGUACUGACGACAGCGAUGAAAGCGAGGUAUCUGAAUCGGAGAACACAAGCAACUCGAACGAGGUUAUUAAAGAGCCGAAUCCGAAGAAAAAAGGACAUCAUAAGAGGAAGAAGCUUGAGGCGAUGAAGAAAAAUCUAAUUAAUGUUAAGAAUCUACAGAAGAAUAGAAUGAAUCGGAUGAUGGGUUGUGCGGGCAAUGACAGAAGAAGUCUUCUUGCGGAUAACUGA